UCUUUAUUUGUGUGUAACAGGAUGACGCACAGGAUAGCGCUUCGUAACUUGGGAAUUCAACUGUUGCUACUUUUCAUGAUUUCCAUACAGACAGGCAAUGGACAAAAUAACGGUAACGGUAAUCAGGGCCCUCCUGGCCCGCCUGGCCCGACAGGAGCAACAGGUCCUGCGGGAACGCCAGGAACUCCAGGAACGAAUGGCGCUACAGGUCAGCCAGGACAACAGGGUACACCAGGCGCAGCUGGAGCUGCAGGUCCACCCGGUCCUCAGGGUGCACCAGGAGCGUCGAUAACCGGCCCCCCGGGACCAACCGGAGCAACUGGACAAACUGGACCACCCGGACCAACUGGAUCAACUGGACCAACCGGAGCAACUGGAUCAACUGGACCACCUGGACCAACUGGGCCACCGGGUACCGACGGAACUCCGGGCAUUCCAGGCUGGAACGGAGCACCUGGACGGAGAGGCCAUCCGGGCAUAUGUUAUAAACACUGUGUCGGCGCUCACCAGUACACUGGGUAUCAGGAUGGAUGGCGGUGAAGAUCGAUUGUUGCCGCUACCUGCGCUAAUUUCAAGAAAAAACCCUCGCCACUCUGGGAAGCGACCUAACAUGUUCAAUCAAUACGAUAGUAAGCUCAAGCCGCAGUUUCAGAAAAAUG